UAGUAAUCAUCUAGCUGUGAUUAACUACCCCUCUAAAUUUACCUUUAAGAGUAGAGCUCCAAUCCCCCAACCACCAUUCCGUCAAUCAUGGCUUUUAAUUUCUCUUUCCUCUUUCACCUUAUCGUCUCUCUUUUCUUCCUUCUCAACCACCCUAUCUUCUCCUUUGCAAACAAUCUCCACAAAACAAAGCCUCUUUUCAAUUCACAACUCUUCUCUGAAGACAAUGGGAAUGCUCCAACCCCUGCUCCAACAACCUAUUUUGAAGUCACAAAGCCUAUACAACUGCCCAAGACUAAGCCUUGCUCCUAUUUGAUUCUUCAACAUGAUUUUGGCUUCACCUAUGGCAAGCCACCAGUUUUUGCAAAUUACACUCCACCCUCCAACUGCCCUUCUCAGAAAUUUUCAAAAAUUGUUUUUGAAUGGAAGGCCUCCAGCAAAGGGAGGCAAUUCGAUAGAAUUUUUGGAGUUUGGCUUGGUGGUGUGGAGAUUUUGAGGAGUUGUACUGCUGAACCAAGAGCUACUGGGAUUGUUUGGACUGUUGAGAAGGACAUCACUAGGUAUUAUUCUUUGCUUAUGACUAAUCAGACCCUUGCUGUUUAUCUGGGCAAUCUUGUUGACAAGACUUAUACUGGUAUUUACCAUGUGAAUAUUAGUGUGCAUUUUUAUCCCGCUGAGGAAAAUUAUGGUUUUAGUGGGCUGAAUAUAGAUGAUUCUGCUAAUUCUGGGGCUGAUCUGAUAUUGCCCAUAUCAAGAAAUUUGCCAUUGAAUGAUGGGUUAUGGUUUGAAAUUCAGAAUUCUACCGAUGUGGAGUCUAAGGAGUUUCGUAUUCCACCAAAUGUGUACAGGGCUGUCUUGGAAGUUUAUGUUUCAUUUCAUGAAAAUGAUGAAUUUUGGUACGGAAAUUUUCCAAAUGAGUACAUUGCUGCCAAUAACCUUACAGGUUACGCAGGAAAUGGUCCUUUUAGAGAGGUUCUUGUGAGUUUAGAUGAUGUUUUGGCUGGUUCUAUCUGGCCAUUUACAGUGGUUUAUACUGGGGGUAUUGAUCCCCUGUUGUGGAGACCUAUUACCGGAAUUGGAUCGUUUGAUCUGCCUACCUAUGACAUUGAGAUUACUCCUUUUUUGGGCAAGAUAUUGGAUGGAAAGACUCAUAAACUUGGCUUUAGUGUUGCGAGUGCUUUGAAUGUCUGGUACAUAGAUGCAAAUUUGCAUCUUUGGUUGGACAAAAAGAGUGCGAAGACAGAAGGCGAGCUGUUAAGUCACGAUAGCCCGCCCCUAACCUUUUCCUUCGCAGCGAAUUUCACAGGUUUGGAUGGAUCAUUCUUCAUAAAUGCCAGUAGGACUAUAACAUCAGAAGGAUGGGUGAAGUCAUCAUCAUACGGUACUAUCAUCACCAAGGCAACUCAAGACUUGAAAUACAGGAACUUUAUGGUUCUGGGAAACGAGGCUAAUAGGCAGAUUGUAAAUCAGACAAUUGAGUUCAAUGACAUGGUUUCUGCUAGGACUCUGUCUUCAGUAAAGUCGAUCAAAUCCCUGAAACAUUUUCCUUUUUACUUGUAUACAGAUGUUACGGAUCGAGCAAAUGGAACAUAUGUUUCUGUGUCAAAUGUAGCUCUGGGUUUUGACGAGAAGAAGAUUAAGAAAUCUGACCAGGGAUUGUCCGUCAGCUGUCUCAAAAACAUACAGAAGGGAAACAGUAGCAUGCUUGUAAAGGGGAAUUUGGUAAUUAGCGGAUUGGGUACUACAAACCAAGCCUACAGCUACAAGGAUAAUGAAUUCUGCUAUCUCAGGAAUGUAGGCAGCUCAAAUUACACCAUUCUUUACGACAAAGUUAGCAACAUUUGCAGUAAAAGACAAAAGCAUCAUUUGUUUAAUCGGUUCUUGCCUUCGUAGAUGGUGAUUUUGAAGGCAUUUCUUCUCAAGAGGUAUCUCUCAUUGAAAGUUGGAGAUGAGGGUUGCUAUUUUCAUUGUCUGAUCGGUUCCUUGAUUAGUUUACAUCUCUGAGCAAUUCUAGAUGCUGGUUCAUGGCUGACUACUUUUCACAUUGCUGUCAUUUGCUGCUGCUUAUCUUGAUGGCUACCCGGAUGCUUUAAACAGCCAAUUCUUGCUCUUCUUGGAUUUGUUCAAUUCAGCUAAUGCAAAACGAACAAUGUAGGCCGUCCAUAUUGCAUUUUUAGAAUUUCAAGCAUGAUCCUUCGUUCUUUUA